CACACGACUGGGCGCAGGAGAAGACGAGCAUGGCUGCGUCCAAGUCUGCCACCCAUGACUUUCUCAUCAAGCUCCUGCUCAUUGGAGACUCGGGCGUGGGCAAGUCGUCAUUGCUGCUGAGGUUCUCGGACGACUCGUUCUCGCCGUCGUUCAUCUCGACGGUGGGCAUAGACUUCAAGUUGCGGUCGAUCCGGCUGGGCGAUUCGAUGAUCAAGCUGCAGGUGUGGGAUACGGCCGGACAGGAGCGGUUCCGCACCAUCACCUCGUCGUACUACCGCGGGGCCAUGGGUAUCAUGAUUGUGUACUCGGCAACCGACGCAGACUCGUUCAACAACGUCAGACAUUGGAUCCGCAACAUCAAGGAGCACGCUGCUGAAGGCGUGUGCAAGAUUCUCAUCGGCAACAAAUGUGACCUCAAGGAGAAGAAGGUCGUCGAGGCCUCGCGUGGGCAAGCUCUCGCCGACGAGUACGACAUGCAGUUCUACGAGACCUCGGCCAAGGCCGAUAUUAACGUCGAGGACGCCUUCUUUGCCCUCACCGAGCAGGUCCUGGCAAAGCUCCAAAACGAGGCCGCAGACCCAUCAUCUUCGGGCAACAACACCGUGAAGGUCAAUGAUUCCUCCUCGUCGUCGUCCAAAAAGAAGGGCUGCUGCUAGACCCUCUUCCAACCGCAAACAAACUCCUGUUGCAACAGCA